CAGAAGGUUUCAAGAGAUAGUAGAGACUUGAGAAUGAGUGUAAUCGGGGGAUAUCCAGCCUACAGCGAAUUUUAUCCAACUUAUGGCCCCGGUCAUGAAGAAGUUCACGGACAGUAUUGGCCUGUCAUGCAGCAGCCGUGUAUGGAAUACAUACACCAAACACCAAUUUAUAACCGCCCAAUGGAACGUCCACCCAGGAAACGAAAUACAGCAAAUAAAAAAGAAAGGAGGAGAACUCACAGCAUAAACACAGCCUUUGCAGCACUACGUGGUUGUAUUCCGAAUGUUCCAGCUGAUACGAAAUUAUCAAAGAUAAAAACUUUAAGACUAGCAACAAGUUAUAUCGGGCAUUUGAUGGCCGUGUUAGGUGGUGAUACGGAAAAGACGUUUAGAGCUUAUGACCUAGUUAAUAGUUCUCAUCGUCGAAAACGUCGAGUGGAACAAGUUGAUGAAACAGAAGGACAGAAUGACGAAGCAAGCGGGAGUGAAGAAUCAGAGGGUUCGGAUCAAAGUUGUGCAAGGAAAAAGUCCAAAGGGCGAACCGGCUGGCCGCAAGCAGUUUGGGCAAAAGAAUUACGUCAAGAUUCCAAAAAUUAGACUGUAUUAAUUGGUAGGCCUAUAUGUACAUAAAAAUUUCUCAACAUUUUCUUCGGUUGUUUUAUUUUUCUUCCUUGUGGUUAUGCUUUCGAUGAUAAAAUUGUAUUUGUGUAUAAAUUUCAAGGAAUACAUAUAUAUAUAUAUAUGUAUAUA